CUUGCAUAUAGAAACAUAGUAGGCCGCGCGGGUCGAACGCCAGUACUGAAUCUUAACCUCACUCUUUAGUAAACUUAAAUUCAAAGUUUCACAGCAAUACAUGCAGUGUUCUCACUACAUGAUUAGAAAAUUGGAACUCAACCGAGAACAUUUUCGCGCCAUAAUUUAUUACAACUUUCAGAAAAAAUUAUCACAACAAGAAUGCCUUGCUGAGUUACUGUCUAUUGUCGGCAACGAAGCGCCAAAUCAGUCGACAUUUUCCCGUUGUCUUAGCGACGAUCCCAGGGUGGAUAGACAUGUGACAUAUCGCGUGAUCUCAAAGACCUCAAUUCAAAAAAAUUUACAUGAAGAAUUAGGAGUAAGAAAAUCAGUUUCUUGUUGGUUACCCCACCUGUUGAGUGAAGAGCAGAAAGCAGCCAGGGUUAAUUGGUGUCAAAAACCGCUUGACCGUUUAAAUUCCGGAAACUCAAAAAAUGUGUACAGCAUUGUUAGUGGUGAUGAAUCGUGGAUUUGCUGUUAUGAACCAGAAAAUAAACGACAGUCGGCUGUUUGGGUGUUCCAAGGUGAAGAAAAGCCAACAAAAGUCAUCCGUUCUCGAAGUGUUUCGAAAAAGAUGGCCGCGACAUUUAAAAUAACUGUUACUGCGGAUUGGUAUACCACCAUUUUUUUGCCAAAACCCAAAAAACAAGGCAAGGACCAUACUCCAUAUAGUCCCGAUCUAAGUCCUACCGAUUUCUUUACUUUUCCGAAAAUUAAAAACAGACUGGGUGGUCAAAGGUUCCAGUCACCAGAAGAAGCAGUUGACGCAUUCAAAAAUGCCGUUUUGGAUCUGCCAGCAAACGAGUGGAACAAAGCGCAUGCAGAUGUGUAUUAA